UUACUAUAAUUGGGAAGGUGUUUACCGAAUCUAAACUCUGUUUAUGAUGGAUUGAUGGGUUGUUUCUAUUUGCAGGUAUGUCCUGUCUGUGCAUUGAGGGUGGGAGUAGAUAUGGUUGCACAUAUAACCUUACAACAUGGAAAUAUAUUCAAGCGCAAACGGAAGUCGCGAAGAAGUGGAUCUCAUUCAACACUUUCUCUUCUGAGGAAGGAGCCGCGAGAAGGAAACAUGCAGUCCCUCUUUGGGUAUUCUUCUUGUAUAGCACCCUCAUCCAACUCCGCACCUGAUCCACUGUUGUCUUCGUUUAUUUUGCCCAUGGUUGAUGAUCGUGUUAGUGUUCAGCCUCAGUUUUCUAGCGAAACAAGCACAGCUAAGAAAAGUUCAGAUAUUAAUAAGUCAGAGAGAAAUGUGCAGUCAACCCCUCUUUCAGUCAAGGAUCAGGAAGAGAAGGCAAAACAAUGUGAAUUCGUUCAAGGGCUGCGGUUAUCCACAAUUCUCGAUGAUAUCUUAUGAUGCCAUAAGGAUAUGGUUGGCUGCAAUUGUGAACCUGAACCCCCAACGGCCGUCAACACAGUUGACGGCGAAGAGGGCUAAGCUCAACGGGGUUGUUGUGCUGUUUGUGCUGAAUAUGUCGAUGUCUUAAGAUGUUGGAAUAAGGUGUAGGGAUGAGUGUAAUACAUGUGUGGACUCUUUAGUUUAUUA